UUUAUAAAUUUAAAAAAGUUUAAAAACAUGAAAAUUUUUUCCUCUAAAAUUUUCACGUUACUUAAACGGAAUGUUGCAGUUUUAAGUGCAAGGGAACCGCUGAACAAGUCUGUUACAUUGCCAUCACGAGUUUGCAGUUACGAUUUUGGUUUGACCUUACCGAGCACGGCAACAGUACUUCAAAAUGACGCAGCUGCAAAAGUAGUUGUCUUAGGAACUGUACAUUUUAGUAAGAAGUCUGUGGAAGAAGUUUCUCAGAUCGUACACACUCUUAAACCGAAUGCAAUACUGGUGGAAUUAUGCAGACAAAGAGUGUCAUUGCUGGAAUUGGACGAUAAAAAAUUUUUAGAGGAUGCCAAAAAAUUUGACAGUAAAAAAUUUUCGCAAACUAUGAAAGAGCACAAAGGAGUUGUUUCUGGAAUGUUACACGCGAUGCUCUUGAAAACGUAUGCUGACCUCGCCAAGGAAUUAGGAGUAGCCCCUGGUGGUGAAUUUCGUAGAGCAUAUCAAGAAAUGAAAAAAAUUCCAGGAUGUAAAUUAUUUCUUGGCGAUCGUCCGAUACAAAUAACUAUAUCAAGAGCUUUUCAAUCUCUGAAUAUGAUUGAAAUUGGACAAGUGCUUUAUCAUUUAUCAAAAACUAAUCAGAAGCCGCUUGAUAAAUUACAAAUCGAAAAAUAUAAGAGUAAAGAGUUUGUCCAGUCACAAUUUGAUGAAAUCACAAGAGAAGUCCCGGCGUUUAAAAAGAUUUUUCAUGUGUUUGUCGAUGAGCGUGACCGUUGUCUUGCCUACUCACUACAGGAGUGUGUCCGUACUGUUCAAAAUCCUCGAGUGUUGGCCGUCGUUGGCAUCGGCCAUGUUAAUGGCAUCAGCAGAUAUUACGGAAAAAUGAGACAAGAAGACAUUGUGCCAUUAUUAUUGCGACUUCAGCAGACUGAAAGAUAUUUUAUUCCCGUCCAGAAGAAGCCUGUUAUGUCUUAGCCGUACCUAAAUGAAAAGUUAAUUCAAAAUUCCGCAGCCAUCACUUGUUUCAGUUAUAAUAAGGAAAGGAAUU